UCACGUUGACGAAAAGGAGAAAUCGAAGGCGUAGACCUCAUUCGGUCAUCGCAUAGCAUAGGCCUCUACAGCUUUCCAGGCUCGCGGGAGGCCAGCGAGGAGAUCCGUGCCGGCACCUUCCCUCCGUCCUCGCCGUCGCCGGCUCGCCCGUCCUGUCUGUUCUCUUCUGACCACGCGGGUCGGGUGCGGUGCGGCACCUGCACGCCCUGCAGAUCGCCGACCACCCCUCCGGCACCCUCCAUGCUCCUGCGGUCCGCGCCGCGCGGCCUCCACCUGCUCCGGCCGCAACACCUACGCCUCCUCUCCGCCGCCGCCUCCGCCUCCGCGGCCCCGGCCCCGCCCCAGCUCCCAACCGAGUGGGCCGAGGCUCCGCUUGCCUGCGUCCGCCCGGCCACCGCCGACGCCUCGCUGUUCCACGUCUCGCUUGACCUCUCCGCGCACGGGGAGCUCCUCGCCUCCCACGCCGCCGCCGGCCAGUUCCUCCCCUUCCGCCUCCCCGCCGCGCCCUACCCGAUCUUCCUCGCCAUCGCGUCCCCUCCUCCCCCACCCCUCACGCCCGAGGCCGGCCUAGCAGGGUCAGGGUCACCCUCCUGCUUCGACUUCCUCGUCAAGCGCCUCCCGGGAACCCCCUCCGCGCGCCUCUGUGACCUCCGACCCGGUGACCUCGUCCAUGUUGGCGCCAGCGUCGUCGGCCGCGGAUUUGACGUCGCCAGGAUAGCCGACGCCCGCGACGUUCUCGUCUUCGCCACCGGAUCCGGGAUCAGCCCGAUACGGUCACUUAUUGAGUCAGGUUUUGCUGAAAACAAGAAAACUGGUGUAAACCUCUUUUAUGGGGUUAGAAAUCUUCAGAGGAUGGCAUAUCAGGAGAGGUUCGAUGAUUGGGAAUCCAGAGGAGUUAAAAUUGUGCCUGUCCUCUCAAGACCAGAUGGUCAAUGGACAGGCGAGCGAGGUUAUGUCCAGAAUGUGUUCUCAAGGAUGAAGAAUAUUGUAAACCCUUCAUCAGUGGGAGCAAUUUUGUGUGGGCAUAAACAGAUGACUGAGGAAAUCACAAGAGUUCUUGUUGCCGAUGGUUUAUCAAAAGAUAGGAUCUUAACUAACUUCUGACCGCUAGUAGGACACUGUUCCAUCCUUUUUGGGAGGCUGUACCAUUUUUGUACUACAAUACAAUCGAGCAGCUAUUCUUUAAAGCAGCGAGAGUGCAGCAACAGGAAGACAGUUCCCUGCUUACAAGUUACAAAUAAGGGCAGUUCAUUUUCCCCCCAUGUGACCACAAUCACCAUAUUGGCUUAUUGCUGAAUGACUGAUGUAAAUCUCAACAGGCACUAAGCAUCUGAACCAAAGGCCAUAGUUGAGAUUGUUUUGUAGCUUCUGAGACAUUAUUCAGGGGAUAUAGAUAUAAGGCGCUGAUGUACUAAGAAAGGUCCCCUUUUGGAGAGAGAAAGGAGCAAGAUAUGAUCGCUGUCUCUUUUGCAGCGCUGAGAUUUUGGUGUGUGUUGUCAGAAUUUUGUGUUAAUUGAGUGGAAUGUAGCGUAUCAAUGUAUGUCGUUUAAUUGAGACGCGUUCGAAGA